AUGAACAUACUGCUUGGCGAGACCCAGCACCGGGAAAGUCGUUUACGUAAAUGCAUCAGAUGGUUCAAGAUCAAAGUCCGCGAGUCAAACCACCCCAAGCCUGAAGAGGUGUUGCUCGAUAAGGUCAGGAUGGAGAUGAUGAUAAGACUGUUCCUCCGCAAAAGAUUCUUCUGGUUUGAUGCGGAGCUUACUCGCAUGAGGCAAACUGACCAUAUUCUCCCUCGCUCUGACAAGCGUGAUCUCAACGAAGUUGACGCAGAAUCUACAACGAGAUGGACAUCGCUGUUGAGUUGGGUAUCGCACAUCGCCGCAUCGCCACAAUUAACGAGACUCCUGCCAGCAAGGUCCGGGCGGACCUCCAUGAAGUGA